CGCUUUGUCUUUGUGAAUCUAUUUGACAAAGGCCAAAAUAUCCUCAUUUACAUUGUUAUUAUUUUAGCAGCAAUUACGAACCUUUAUUCUAACAACCUUACAUGCUCGUUAGGAUGCGAUUGCGACCCCAUUUUUGUGUCGUUUUUCUCUCGCUGCUUUGCUGUGGAGUCGAUGCAACGAGCAGUGCUGCGCUUCGCCGGCAUUUAGAGUUUGUAAACCGGUCUGGUGAACGCAUUUCGGUCGACUGGCUGAACCCUUUGACCGGUCAACCGGUUCUUUUGGGAGCACCUGUUAACGGCGAGACGAUUCCUUUAGAUUCGUUUGUCAACCAUACUUUUGCCAUUCGACAACACCAAGACGGACAGAAAGUCAAGAGAUUUGAGACGCCUUCUCUAUCUACGACUCAUACAAGAACUCUAGAAGCACCGACAACCAAAUCCUCUCUGCGAGCCAUUGAGUCAUUGCAAACGUGUUUGGAAUACUAUACAGCUUUGAUAUUGGAAGAUAAAAAUGAAGAACUGGCAUUUCAGGCACAAGUCCGUGAACAAAUUUCGGCUUUGGCUGAGAACCACACAUGCGCCGAUCCGAUGCGCACAACAACAGAACCCAUAGAAAUGCGCUCAUGGAGAUAUCUUGAUGAAGAUCCACGAACUGUUCAGGUGCUGCACAACCGCCCAAGCAGUCAGAUUCACGUUCUGGAAGGAUUUAUUUCUCCCGAAGAGUGUCAGGCCAUCAAGGAUGCAGCAGCGCCAAAGCUACAUCGCGGAACCGUCGCCGAUGGCAAAGGAGGCUCCAAACUCAGCGAAAGUCGUAAAGCUUGGCAAGCUGGCGUAGGGGUCGAUUAUUCCCAUAAAAAUGCUAUCUCCGAUCUCAAAAAGCGUCUCUUUGCGUACACCAACGAAGUCACUGGGUUCAAUAUGAAUCUAGAUGGACAGGAGGAUAUCAUGAGCAUUCAAUAUUUCGGUGACGGUGUCGGAAAUCCGACACCGGAUAGGUACACGCCACAUUGUGACGGUGAAUGCAACGGUAUGCCGCACAAGCGAGGAGGCCGAGUCGCAACUAUGGUCAUGUACUGUGAUAUUCCUGAAAUCGGCGGUGGCACCAACUUCCAGCAUUCAAACGUGUUCGUCGCUCCAACCAUUGGUGCUGCUGCAUUUUUUUCAUACAUGAACAAUGAUACUGGUCUUCACGAAACAGGCUUUACUACGCACUCAGGUUGCCCCGUUUUGGAAGGAACGAAACGUAUUGCUGUACAGUGGAUGCGAGUGGGGGUGGAUGAGGAUAGUCCAUGGGAUUCGUUUGACACUAAUACUGUUCAGAAGGGAUCUUUCAUAGAGGAUAGUAGAGUUGAAUAG